GAUGUCAUUCAGUUCCCAUAUAUGAGUGCAAUGACCUGAAAAGUACCACAGGUGGAUCAGGGGAUUAUGUCACAAGCUUAAGGUUGUUUUUAAGAUAAUUUUCAUUUUCAUUAUUUGCCCAUUCGACAAUGUCCCCGUUGAGAAUAUUUAUCAUCAAUUUACCUUUUCUGGUAGCUGUUUCUGCAGGUACCCACUCUUUAUGGUAUUACGUAACACUUACAUCAGAUGGAACUGAAUCUAAAGUGUUUUAUAAUGUCGGCAAAGUAGAUGAUAUAACUAUUGAAGCCUUCAGAUCUGAAUAUGAUUGUCCCCAGUACUGGAAACUAAGCAGUGAUACCCAGGAUUUUGUCAACUAUAGGAAAUAUCUUACAUUGGAUGCUAAGAAAAACAUGAAUAAUCACAUUCGGAGGAUAAUGCCACACUUUAACCAUACAGGAUUUCACACCCUCCAGAGACUGGCAGGGUGUGAACUGGAUGACGAUGGAACAGGAAGAGUUGGAGUUUGGGAGGCUUACGAUGGACAACAAUAUCUGGACACAGCUGAGGGCGCUGGAUCCUGGAAUCUUCCCACAAAUCAGAGCAAAAUUGAAAAGUUCUCCACUGACUUAAUGUCUGCUAUUACCGUAACAUUGUAUGGUCAAGAAUGCCUUCAAUUCUUGAAGAUGUAUGUCACAGAAGGGAAGAACAUCCUAAACAGACGACAGAAGCCAAAGACACGAGUUCUGUUUAAAGACAGUGACACUGGAAAGAAGGUGACAUGCUUGGCUACUGGAUUCUACCCAAGACACAUCAACAUGACUCUGCUGCGAGAUGGACAGCCUGUACCACCGGAGGAGCUGGAAGGGGGGGAUGUGCUUCCCAACGGGGAUGACACAUACCAGCAGAGAAAGAGUGUGACUGUCAGUCCUGAAGAAGAGAGGAGAAACUACACAUGUGUUGUGGAACAUGUCAGUUUGGACAACAAAAUGGACAUAAUCUGGGUUGAAACUUGCCCUUGGAUGACUUCGUACAAGAUCUUUAUUGCAGCUGUGAUUGGGACUGGAUUUUUGAUGGUUAUUGUAAUAGGGAAAAAAAUAUGGAGAAACCGCCAGCGUCUCUUGUGAAGUGACAUUCUGAUAUGCAAUAAUGCUGAAAAACCUGAUUGAAAUGUAGGAAGUUCAAAGACAUUUAACACCUUGCUGUUAUUUCAUAACUUCCUGUUGAUUAUAUUUAUCAGAGCAGUUUCAGACUGCAGUUUGUCAAAGACGGGUAAUGUAGUAAAAUACCCAACUGUAUAUAGAGUCUUCACAAAAUCUAUAUAAAGAACUAGUGUAUGUUUGGUUCAUUAAUAGCUUCAACUAAGUUAUAACAUAUUAUAUUCAGUUUACACGUAUAUACACACACUACCAGUCAAAAGUUUGACCACAGAAAACAUGACGGGAAAAAGAAAGUAAUUUUCUCUCAAUGACAAAUACAGUCUCCUCCUCCUCCUCCUCCUCCUCUUUUGCUGGCCUGCAGCGGUGGAGAGAGGCUGUGCCGUGUCCUCCGGGACGGGAGGCGGUACCACAGUCUCCGCAAUACACCGAGCGGCUAACUGGCCUUGUGAAAUGAUAUACAAAAGACGAGCCGAAAAUAACAGGAAAUAGCUGGGCACAAUCGGGGAAGCACACGUGGAUGAUGAGGGAGCGUGGCACACACGAGGAUCGGGCGAGCUGGGCGUGACACUUAUGAUAAACAGAAACAAGCAUCAAUACUACAAUAGGUUUUAUAUACACUGUACAGCACUGUGCUGUGUUUUAAUUAUGUAAAGUUCAGUUGUUUAAUUUGUACAGUACUGUAAUCAAUUUUUAACAUUUUAUUACCUUAUAUUCAUGUAAUAAAUAUACAAAUGUUAAUUAGAUGAUAAUCUGCCUGAAACAGAAAGGAAAGGAAAAAAUCAGUUAAAAUGAUCAUCCGCUUAUACCGAUCGAUUUCACCCAGACAGACAUUAUCUCUAUAUACGGAUUCCACCGUAUUUAUGACGACACAUGGUGUUUUUAUAUGUUCACUACAAGUCAGCGUUCUUUCCUGUAUGAUUAUGGCCACAUUCAUACUAAAGAAACACACUUAUGUAAGGCAGUCAAGGGAAACGCCUGCAGGAAAAAUAUGAAACUUUACAUGAACUUUACAUUUUACAUACAUUUUGCAAUAAUAUAUGGCUUUAGUAGGAAAUACAUGUUUAUUGUUUGUUGUUUCUUAAUAAAAGUGUAUAUUGCUUUUACAGUAAAUGUGUUCUGAAGACAUGGGUGAUCUCUCCACAUUCCGUUGGUUUAAUUAGACAAACGAAAAUUCGUUAUAGUUGCACGCCUAAACAGACAUGACUGCUUGACGGCAACUUUAUUCUUCCCAGUUCUGUGUUGAAGUUCUCUUCAUGAAAUAAUCAGAUACACCAUCACAUUAGUAGAAAAAAAUAAAAAGUUGCCUCCGUGUGACUCCUCCCCCUAUUGUGUGGACGGAUGACAUCAUCCAAUGCUCAGCUCCAACCUCUUAGCAGUAAAUAAGUCAUGUA